AUGGAGGAUCUCCCAGAGCUGUUUGAGACAGAUACCGACUUUCUGAAUGUGGAGAGGAUCCAUGCGUUAGAAAACAUAGUGCGGCAUUACGCUGGACUUGAUCAUCUUACCAAGGAGAACCUGGAAGAGUUUAUUGUUAGUCUGCCGAUACAUAAAGAUGUGUCAUCUCACGAUCAAGAGCACCCUGAGCAAAAAUCGAUUGCGGAGUUGGCAGUCCGACUUUUGGAUAGCCCAGGCGGGCAAAUCCAAUUACAACCCUCGGCCGGUUCACUCAGCGAGAUUACCCAGACCAUUGGCAAACAGCAGGCAUGCCUGGUUGAUGAUGUUGCCCUGGAUUCGAACUCCUCGCAGCUUCUAUCACAUGGCAUGAUUGUUGUUGAAUCUGCAUCCGUGUUUCCAACUUUUAACACAGCUUCGAGUCUGGUCAGCAUAUUCUUUGAGUUUGGUCAAAUGAAUUACUUCUACGUUGAUGAACUCAUGUUUCGUUCUAGCAUUGAGCAGUUUUAUAAGGCACCCUGUACAUUAAAUGCGCAGGACGCUCCGUGGGUCUGCACCGCUCUGAUGGUAUUUGCCAUUGGCGCUCAGUUCUCGCACCUCCAAGGUGGAGAGCACUCCCCAAAGGAAACGACGCAAGAACAUCACAUCUGGCUGGAUGAUGCGCUUGCUUUGAUGUUUUUCCGCCAAGCGUCUAAACUAGUACCGGAUGUUUUGGCAAUCAGUUCUUUGGAAAGCGUUCAAGCGUUACUUUUGAUGGGCUUCUACCUUCUCCCCCUUGAGCAUUGUCUCAGAAUUGCUACAGAUUGCUGUUUGGAAGCUGAUGAUAAUACAUCAAUUACGGCAAGGGAAAUAGAGGUUCGGAGGAGGGUAUGGUGCACUGCCUUCAUUUUAGAAAGGAGAAACUCUGUUUACCAUGGGAAGUCCCUCGCUCCCACACGACCGCCCGUUCAAGAUUUCGACAUGCUUGGCAACGUCGACAUGUCUUCUAAACGUAUCGAUACGCAUCAAAACACGAAAAAAGCAAUUCAACAAGUUGAGAAGCUUCAACAUGUUCUUGAUACCCGGGAUCAGCUGCUUCUAUACUGGGAUAACCUUCCCGAUAACAUAUUUGGCAGGGACCUUUGUCCACAGAAACCACUGUUCCGGCACAACGCUUACCUUGCACUGAGCUACCACAGCAUUCAUAUCUUCAUCGGACGGCCCUUCAUUCUCGACAGGACUAUUGAAGAGACCAUGAGAACUGGCCUAUUAACGGACACGAAAAGUAAACUAAUCACAAGCUGUAUCGAAAGUGCUCUUGCUAUAGUUGACCUUUGUCAGCGGAUUAAAGACCAGUCUAGCCUAUCACGAUCGUCGUACAUUGAGUUUACCUCAUGUCACGCUGCAGUCUCGGCUCUAGUAGCUGCAUCUAUCUCGGACCGGACGUCUCAAUGGAACAAAACCUGUAGGCAAGGUCUUGAUUUACUAAGAGCCAUGUUGGGCGGCGUGUUCUCCCAGAGUGGUGGAAGGAAAGACUUGGAUCGCUUGGACCAACUGCUAUGUUAUAACUACCUCGACUUUUCUGAAGAAAUGAACGAUGUCACAUACCAAGACUUUUUACACUGGGGGGCAAGCUUUCUGAAUGUUAGCUCUUGA